AAAAAUAGUAAAAAGCAAGAAACAGGAAACAAAAGCACAUUGAAGAAUAGGCUUAACGCCUAUAUAGGCUUGUAGCGCGCGAUGUUUAUUUAUGCGAGGUCUCUGCGCUGUUAUUUGUACAGCGAACUAUCGGCACCGAACCGAAGUUCGAGCGAGCGAAUCGUGGCACUUAGUCUGACGAAAGUUCAGUUGGAUCAAAAGAACAGGGACGUUUAGAAUUGUACGAGUGAGCUAAAAGUAUUGAUAGAAAACACAUCGCCGAACUCGAUCAAGAAAUGGAUGAAUUGGCGGACAUUAUUCGUGAAUACGAGACGGAAAAUGAGGAGUUUGAAAAUCUGUUCUACUUGUGUUGCACCGAAGUUGACGAGAUACGAGACGAGAUCAAAGUUGUCAAGGAAAAUCAAAAACAUUUGCCGUCUAUACAGAAGGUGAUAUAUCGGCCUAUAUCGGCCUGUGAUUCGUCUGAAAAGUCUUACGAUAACAAAUGUAUUUGCUCGACAUUGAAAGAAGAAAUAUGGAAGUUGCGAAUGGAGAUUAUAUCGAAGAAUAAAAGGAUUCAGGCGCUGGAGCUGCAAAUACAUAGCAGAAAUGCCCUUCAUAAGAUUUGUAAAAAGCGAUUGCAACAACUAUCGAGGGCACACAGCUAUAAAAUUAGCAAGCUAAAAGCGGAAAUUGAGCAAAUACAAAUGGCUAUGUUGUGUAUAAAGGCGAAAGAAUGUGAGGACAAGAUGAUUUAUGAAAUUGAAGAAGGAGAAUCAGAUCUUGAGGAAUGUAAUUUAAUUUCACCUAAAAAGGAAAUCAAGGAAGAGAUACAAGAUAUUAGAAAUAAAUUGUUGCUUUCCUUAAAUUUACGGGAACAUGCCAUAUAAUGAUUAAAUUAUUAUUGGUUUUGAUGAUAAUAGUUUUACAUAUUUUUGUAACGCAGAAGAAGACUGCGAGCUCCAUUAUUUAUUUUGU